AUGGUUGGCCUCCAGCACCCGUUCCAAUGUCUGCGAUAUGUCAACAGGCAGCCAGCUGGCCUGUCGGAUAUCCUCGUGGCCACCGCUGGUCGCAAUCUCUUUUCAUUGGAUGUGACUAGUGGGCAGCGCUUGGAUGUGUGGCCUGAGCCUGUAAAUGAAACCUCGGCCGGAGAAACCUCUGGCGCAACCCCAGCAUCCGAAGGCCAAGGCCCACCAGAGAAGCGCAGAAAGCUCUCUUCACCUGCUGGUGAUGAAAAGGAUGCAGAACAAGACGCAAAGCCCGAGUCUGAGGCUAAGUCCAAAGAUUCGAAGAAGGAUUCGAAGAAAGAGGAAUCCAAUUUAUGGACCAACAUUCCACUUGUGGCCGUCGCCCAAAGCAAAUAUGUAAUUAUCAUGACUGCUGAGGACAAGUGUGUUCGAGUUCUUAGUCUGGCCGAAGAUGGAAAACUUCAGCAAUUGAGUGCUCGUACAAUGCCCAAGAAACUGAGUGCACUUACUCUGACACCUGACGAGAGCACCAUUCUGGUCGGUGAUAAGUUCGGAGAUGUGUAUGCUUUCCCACUCAUUCCCAGUGAAAACUAUGUGAGGUCUCAACCGCAGGCAAAGGCCUAUGAGCCAGCUGCCACAAACCUUACAGUGCACACAAAACGCAAUCUGGAAUCCCUGGAGCAGCAGAUGAAACAGGCCGCAUUGGCUAAAGCCAACCCGGAAGAACGAGUCGCACUGAACUUUGAGCAUCAGCUCAUCAUCGGCCAUGUCUCGCUUUUGACAAACUUGAUCUCUGUUUCGCGACCUGCAGACUCGACUGUCGGUGCACGGAACUACAUUCUGACUGCAGACCGCGAUGAGCACAUCCGCGUGUCUCGUGGUGUUCCCCAGGCUCAUGUCAUUGAGCAAUUCUGCUUUGGUCACACUUCAUUUGUGAGCAGCUUGUGCGUUCCUUCUUGGGAGCCCAGGGUUCUCGUCUCUGGUGGUGGUGAUGACCAUCUGCUCGUAUGGGACUGGCUUGAGAACAAGAUCUUACAGAAGGUCCAGCUCCCCGAGUCCGAGACAGACCUCACAGUCAGCGGUAUCUGGGAUGUCUCGUUCAGUCCUGCAGCAGGUGAUGCGGCUUCCGUCAGAACCAUUUUCGUUUCAUUGGAAGGAUCCGCACAACUUCUUUGUUUCUCUCUUGAAAAUGGCACCUUGGCCCUCAAGCAGACUCUCGAGCUCUGUGGGAAUGUCCUUGAUCUGGCUGCCAUCGAUUCAAAGGGCUCCAUCGUUGUAUCCGUGGAUACACUGCGUCAACCCAACUCCACUACUGUCUGGAAAUCGAUUUCCCAGCCCCCUCUCGAGACUUUCCGGGUCAGUGCCGGCAAAUGGGCUCCAAUUGAAGACUCUUCGGUUCUCAAUAUCAAUGAUGAGGGCACUUCAAGUGUGCCUGAGGCGUUGGAGCAGAAGAAACAAGUCGAGCUCAAUGAUGCAGUGUACGGUCUGUCCAAGCUGCGUAAGAGAGAUGGAAGCGAUGACUAA